AAUUCUGAAGUGUUAAGUGUUUUUGCACCCGAAUUGUCUGUGGCUUUUGCAACUGUUUUGUUUAUUAAUUAAUUAUUUAUUUUCUCUCUAUUCUGUAUCUUUUUAUAAAUAAAAUAGUCUACAGUUAAGAUUAUUUUAUUAUAAACUGAUUGUUUCAUUAUGAAGAGAAUAAAUGAUUAUUUUAAAACUAAUAAAUCUGAAGAAAAUAUUUUAGUUACAUGUCCUACUAAAAAAAAUAAAACAUUAGAAAAUGAUGAACAAAAACAAAUUGAUGAUAAUCAACAUUCUAUUAAUGUUUCAGAAGAAUUAGAUAUUGGAAAUUUGUUUGGUUUAAAAAUCGAUGACCAUACUAAAGCUACCUUGUUAAAACGUUCAAAUGUACCAGAUGAACAUUUCAUUUACCCAUUUUCCAUUCAUAACAAAAACAGUAAGCAACUUAAGCGUUAUUUAAGGAAAAAUCACUUUGAACAAUUUACAUGGCUAGAAUAUUCAAGAUCAAAAAAUGGACUAUUUUGUAAGUACUGUAUACUUUUCCUAACAUCUGAGUAUGGCGGUCGAAGAGGUACAGAAAAAUUAAAACGACUUAUUACUGAGCCGCUAAACCAGUUUGCCAAAUUAUUAGGAAAAGAUGGGCUAUUAGAAACACAUCAAAAUAACGACUAUCAUAAAAAUUGUGUUCAAUUUUCUUUUGAUUUUCAAAAAACUUUUUCAAACCCAAAUAAAGUUGUAAUUAACAUAAUUGAUACUGAACGUAUGAAACAAAUUAAAGAAAAUAGAGAGCGCUUAGUACCAAUAAUUGAAAGUAUCAUUUUCUUAGGACGCCAAAAUAUUGCUUUAAGAGGACACAAAGAUUAUGGUAUACUUUCUUCUGAACCUCAUUCAUCAGAAACUGUUAUUAAUGAAGGCAACUUCAGAGAAAUUUUAAAGUUUAGAAUUUUAUCAGGUGACAAAACUCUUGAAAGUCAUUUAAAAAAUAAUAAUGCAAAAGCAACUUUUAUAAGUCCUACUAUUCAAAAUGAAUUAAUAGAGUGUAUCAGAAAAGAAAUUGUAUGUAAAAUCAUUAAAGAUAUUGAACAGGCUAAGUACUACAGUAUUAUAUUCGAUGAAACAACUGAUGUCUCAACAAUCUCUCAAAUGAGUUUAAGUAUCCGAUAUAUUUAUUCAGGAAAAGUGUUUGAAAGAUUUGUUACAUUUAUUGAUUGUCAUUCAUCUAUGGACAAUGAAAAUGAAGACAGCGAUGGAGUAGAUUCAAACAACCAGAUAGAACCAAAAUUGACUGGAGAAUUUCUUGGUGAUAUAGUUAUACAAAUGAUGUCCAAACUUGGCUUAAAAUUUGAUAAUUGUGUAGGUAUUGCUACUGAUGGCUGUGCAGUGAUGGUUUCUACUAUAGUUGGGGCUGUUCAGCGUAUCCAGCAGUCAACAAAAAAUGCAAUUCAUUGUCCUUGCAAUAAUCAUGCUCUGAAUCUAUCAAUUUCAAAGUCAUCAACAGUUCAAUCAAUUCGUAACUGUAUUGGUAUCAUGGAACAAGUUAUAUCCUUUUUUAACGCAUCAGCAAAACGCAAUUUCAUAUUUAAAAAAAUGCUCAAAAAACAAUUUGUAAGUAUUUGUCAGACCAGGUGGGUAGAAAGGCAUGAUAGUGUGUUGCAUUUUAAAAUGUCAUUACCUGAGAUUAUUAAUGUCCUUACAUCUAUAUCAAAAUGGGAUGAUAUAGUAUCAUCGUCUAAAGCCAAAACCCUUUUAUUUUCAAUUUCGAACUGUGAAUUUAUAAUUUCUCUCUACUCAUUAUCAUCUGUAUUAGCUGUAACGUAUCACGCAAGUAAGACACUACAAGGAAAAUACCAAGAUAUAUUAACUUCUUCUGAAAUCAUUGAAAAUAUAAUUUCAAUUCUCAAGAACAACCGUUCCGAUUGUGAUACUAACUUUCAAAAUAUUUUUAAUGAAUGCAAAGACCUGAUGGAAGAACUAGAUGUUGAUAUAAAAAUACCAAGGAUUGCUGGUAAACAGAACAAUAGAUCAAAUCCACCCAAUGUAAAUAGUUGUGAAGAGUUUUACAAAAUUACUAUUUUCAUUCCAUUAUUAGACGGUAUUAUAAGUGACAUGUGUAGAAGAUUUGGGAAUCAUGAAAACCAGACACUUAAAGCUAUUACCAAAUUAGUUCCUAAGCAUUUAGUAAAAUUGACAAAAAACGAAAGGAAAGAAAUACUUAAUGAAAUAAAAAAUAAAUAUUCAUUUUUUAAGGAUACCACAGAUGUGCUGUUUGAGUCAGAAAUUGAAUUGUGGUAUACCAAAUGGAUCCAUUACAAAGGUAAUUGUCUACCAUCAAAUAUCUUAGAAGUAAUUGAUGAGUGUUCUGAUAUGAUUUACCCUAAUAUUAGUUCUUUGCUUCACAUUCUUGCUUCUUUGCCAAUUAGUGUAGCAACUGCCGAACGCAGCUUUUCCACUUUGCGCAGAUUAAAAACUUGGUUAAGAGCAAAGAUGGGUGAGAAACGACUAACUGGUUUGGCUUUAUUAAAUAUCCAUAGAGAUAUUGAAGUAGAUGUUGAAACAAUCAUAGAUCAGUUUUCAAAAGUAAAAAAUAGAUCUAUAUUACUUUGAAAAUUGUUGUAAAUAUUUUUUUUUCUGAUUUGUUGUACAAUUUAUAUAUUUAUAUAGCCAUAUAUAUAAAGGUACCUAUAUGUAUUUCUUAAUUUUGUUUUAUUAUAACCAAAUCAAGGACUCAGCUGCAUUAGCCGGGAUACGAGUAUUACAUGACUUUAGGAUUUAAGUAUAAUAUGUAUAUCCUACGGUUUUUUUUAUAACAUCAAAUAAAUAUUAAGCAAUAAUUAGUUAAAAAAUACAUUAAUGUACGGUUAAAAAUAAUAAAUGGAAAAUUUUGAAUUCCUCACAAUAUUUUGUGGUGUAUUACAAUUUUUAAAUAGGCAAAUAGCCCCUCCCUUGAUUGAGCUCCAGCUACGCUACUGCUAUAACCAUUAUACUACCUGUCUGGAACAUAAUGAUAUUUGCAUCAGCGAAAUAGGAUUUGUAUUAAUUCGAGGUAUUAUGAUAAUAUCAAUUGACAUUAAUCUGUCUAUACGGAAGAAAUCUUUUAAUGGUCAUAAUGUGAUUUUUAAACUGACUAUGAAAAUAUUUUUAUAUAAACAUUUAUAUAUUUUAUAUUAAUAAUUAAACAAAAUUGAUUUUGGUGCCUGAUGGGCUGCAUGUAGAUAUAUAAAUGUUUUUAUGAGUUAAACCAGUGGCGCACACUCAUUUUCUGAAGCGAUGUCAAAAUGUUUAAAGACGACACACCCACCGUCUGUAAAAUUUAAUUAAUCAAAUAUAUCAAAUAUAUCGAGAAAAAAAAAUAUUUCAACCAAUUUUGUCACAAUAAUAACAUUAAUAAUAUUAUAAUAGUUAUUGAUUCAUCUAAUAAUGAAACUAACCACCAGCAGCAAAUUUACCAGUCACCCAGCCUCUUAUCAACCGUUUUGAUAGAGGUGUCAACCGACACCUCGCUCUACCCUUCGUUAGUGUGCGCCACUGAGUUAAAUCUAGGAAUAAACUAUUUUAGUGUCAUUAAUCUCAGCAUAAUUCGCAAGCCCACAAACAUAAUAUAAUAUUACGUUGAUUACCACCUCUAAUUUCUUAAUUAAAGAUUCCGAUUCUUUGAAAUAUUAUAUUAAGUCUUUUAAUUAGUUAAAAACUGUGAAAAAAUGCAUGUUUAUGUCCAAGAUUACACAUUUUUGUAAAUUUUGCAAGCUAACAUUUUAGUUAAUACCAAGUCUAUAGCACACUCACGCAUAUUAUAGUAUAAAACAUUAUUUAGUGUUUGCUAUAUUUGGUUUUUAUAUUAUAUUAAAUUUAUCUUUGUUUAUUAUUUAUUUAUUUCGUUUAUUUUAAGUGUUAAGUGUUAAAUGUUAAUGGUUUUUUUUUUUAC